UCCUUUAACUGAGUGAUUGUUGGUGAUGAAAGUCUCUUUUUUCCCCCCGUUCAUCGCAUCUACAGCAUCUUGAACGUGUCUGCGUUGGACCAGAGCCGAUCUGGGUCCGUCCAUGUGUUCACCUCCAGCACGGCGAAGCUUUAAAAAGCUCCAUCAUGCCUUGCGGCGGCGCGGCGCGGUGAUGUUCCGAUCCAAUUCACCAGUCGCGUCCCCGCCACUGAUGGGCAGAGCAGCGGAUGCUGCAUCCGGGCAGCCUUCGUGUCGGAUGUCCGAAGUCGGGACGGACCGAGUGGUGUUUACAUCCACACGGCUUCACAGAGCAGCAGGAGGAGGAGGAAGAGGAGGAAGAGGAGGAGGAAGAGGCUGCGCAGCGUUAACUCCUGCAGGAGCGGAAAGGCGCGGAUUGAAGCCGGGAUCUCAACCUGCUCCACACGCCACAGGAAGCGGUGAAUUUCACUCGGGCAGACCGGGGGCCCCGGAGCGCCGGGGCGGCUCCUCUACAGGCUCCGACAGGCGGCGAGCUGCGGGAGGGUGUGAGAAUAAACCACUAAGAGCUCCCCCUGGUGGAAUGGAGGAAUGAGGGCCUCUGGAUGAAGCCCAUGGAGCUGAAAGUCUGGGUGGACGGCGUACAGCGCAUCGUGUGCGGGGUCACAGAGUUCACCACCUGCCAGGAAGUGGUCAUCGCUUUGGCACAAGCGAUUGGACGCACCGGCAGGUACACUUUGAUCGAGAAAUGGCGAGACACGGAGCGCCACUUGGCCCCGCAUGAGAACCCCGUGGUGUCCCUCAACAAGUGGGGUCAGUAUGCCAGCGAAGUGCAGCUCAUCCUCCAGCGGACCGGCCCCUCCGUCAGCGAGCGGCCGACCUGCGAAGGGCUGGCUCGGGUCCCGGAGCGGGGCCUGUACCGGCAGAGCCUGCCGCCUCUAGCCAAGCUGCGGCCCGCGGGGACGGACGGCUCGCUCAAACGCAGGGAACCCAAACGCAAGUCUCUGACCUUCAGCGGAGGAGCCAGAGGACUGCGGGAAAUAUUUGGAAAAAGUAAAGACGCCGAAGCCAAACAGCCUCAGCAGCGGGGCGUCAGUCUGAACCUGAGCAGAGUUGGAGGCGGUGGGACGGCAUCUGUGCCUGGGAGUCCAGCCAGGGAGCUCAGCCGGCUGGUCCAGCUGCAGCGCGGCAAGCUGCAGGCCCUGGAGAGCCGUCUGCAGGGCUGCGAGGCCGAGCUGCGAGACUGGGAGGAGGCCAGCGACGAAGGAAACGUGGAGGACGAGCUGCUGCUUCUGGAGCAGCAGGUGAGGAGGAACGACGCCGAGGCGGAGGAGGAUGAGUUCUGGCAGAACGAGCUCCACAUCGAGCAGGAGAGCGAGCGGCAGCUGCGGCAGCAGCUCGUCGAGCUGCGGGGCCGCGUGCGCGACUGCGAAAGCAGGCUUUCUGAGUACUUAGCGCGCAUUCAGAGUAUGGAGGCAGGACUAGAGAAGGAGCGACUGCAGCAGGAGGCUGAGCUCAACCUGAAGGUCAAGGAGGAAGAGGUGCAGGCCCAGCUGGAGAAAGUGAGGGCAGAGCUGGAAGUGCAGAGCCAACAAACGGCGCGGCUGGAAAGCAGCUGCAAGGCGUUGGAGCGCUCGCUUUGCCAGUCGGGCAAAACACUCCAGGAGAAAGAGCAGGAGCUUGAGCAGCUAACUAAAGAGCUGCGGCAGGUCAACCUGCAGCAGUUCAUCCAGCAGACUGGCACCAAGGUCACGGUGCUGCCCGCUCAACCCACAGGAGACAACAACGAUGUGGAGUGUGGCUCCCUGAAACGGCUGGGCUCGUCGCGGCUGUUACCCAGCGAUCUCCGCGCUCUGCAGAGCAGGGUCUCCUCCGGUCUAAACCCAGAAGGCAUCUACGUCUGACUCCGCACGGCCGACGCAGACAGCCGGGUGGCCUGGUGUUACAGAUUCACAGCCAUUUUGACUGGGAGACAAACUGAAGUCAUGUGUACAACACCUUUGUCUGAACUCUGAGACAUGAGUGAGAUUUCCGCCUGUGCUGUUGCAUAAUGAGGUAACGAAAACAAACAGCUACAAACCAGCAGAUCUUUACUUUUUGCUCCAAGCAGCUGCUUCGGACUGACUCUAAAUGACAAGAAUUUCAGGAGUUUAGACUUAGGUAAGAGUAGAUGCAUGAGCAUGCACAUCUGUGCUAUAACCUUAGCCAUAUCUGAUUGCCUUACUCUGGUAAAAAAAAAUAAAAAAUAAAAACCAUAUGAACAAAACCAGACAUGAAGAAAUAUAAUGUUAAAGCAGAACUCAAGGUACCUUCUGAAUGCCAUAUAAACUUAGUAAAAAAUCAAAAAUGUUCAGCAGCAAUCCAGGAGACUGCUGAUUGUACCUGAUGUCAGUGUGUUUUACAUCUAGUGUUUUUUUAAUAUAUGGGUUUAGAUUUUUAUAUUGAUUCAGUGGAUAUAAAGUAGCCUUAUACUAAGUUUUUAAAGUAUGAGGUAAAACAUCCAACUUAUAAAUAUAAAUAGGAGGUGAAAAGCAGAGUACCAAAAGUAUAGAAAAUCAAUCGAACAAUCAGUGUUGACUAAAUAGCCACCAGGUGGCGACAAACACAAACUAUUCAGGCGACUAAAAGUAAUUUGAAUGGAUGUCAUCUUUGGAGCUUAGGUUGUUUUAUAAGUUUGUGUUCACAUACAUACACUGUUAUAUUAUUUAUAUAAAUAUAU